AGAAAGAUCAGGUUUAUGGAAUAUUAUAGAAUGGUAACUUUGUCCGUGAUUCAAUUAAGGUUGUGUAAUAUCAAAAAAGUCAGUCUACAGUUUACAUUAUGCUGGAAUUAGAUAGUGCUGAUGUGGUCUUCAUGUGAGUGAAAUUGAUUGGAGUCUGUGGAAAUAAUAAUUUAGAGGAAGCACUAUGCAGUACACAAGCUUGGUACCCUUUCUACUUCUGGCGUCGUUUCAGUCUAUAGUAAUAUCCCAGUCAACGCUGAGCGACAAUGCUGGCAAAACUUCACCGUUAGUUGUGACAACUGAGAAACUGAGCAUGGCUGAAAAAAUACAGAAUGCAUUCAAGUUUAUGAUGCUUCCAACACCAACAACGCCAGCUGCAGAAACUCAAAAAUAUCCGACAACGACUCCAGUGAUGUCAAAGGACGAUGCCACUACAGAAUACGACUUUUUCACGGUAUUUGAGACUACAAAUGAGUCACCAACGGAAGAUGUGGUAGAAGUGCAAUCAACAAGAACUCUACCUGUUACAACCCCUUCCGGUACAAAAAUGAGCACAAAUUCCACCCAGACAACGACAAGUGGAAAUAACGGAACGACUGAUUAUGUCUACGAUUUCAUCACAGUUUUGGCAUCAACAUUUGAACCAGAAGAUGAAGAGUACCAAACUACCACUGCUCCUUCCACAACUAUAAAGGUACUGUUCAAUACAACAACUGCUGGAGAAACGAGCGCGGUGUCUACCAAUAACAAGCCAAAAAAACCUGGUUUCAAUUUUGUUCUGCUGAAUAAUCCAACAACCAGAGAAGUUUCUAUUCCUUCAACUACGACAACAACAGCCGUGACCAAGGCUACUACCGAGAUCGAUAACGAGGAACAAACCACCGAUUUCGCGUUCAUGACAGUCUUCGAGACGACAGAGGAACCUGGCAAGGAGAAAGUUACCACUCCCGUGGCAACCACAACGUCUUCGACAAGAAGGCGAACUGUGCCAACACCUAAAACGACUCGAUCGACAACAAACGUACCCGCUCGAAAGACAACAUUGCCGAAACGCCCGAAAACAACUCCAAAGAGGACUGAAAAUGGUGAUUCUGUAUAUGAAUUUAAAAACACCGGCAUCAAAUUCAUUAUCAAAUCGAGCACUGCAUCGCCCAAGACAAAAAAGAAAACAUCAAGUCCUACGAAAAAGCCCAAAUUUUCAGCAAAAACGGACCACCCUGAGAUUUGGGAGAGUUUGUUUACAACCGAUGAAGCAAACGGUGGCAUCGCUAUCGGUGGGGAAUUUAUUGAUGGUAUCAUCAAAGAUGAUUAUCAAACUGAAGCACCCGUGGUUGCGGGUGUGCCGUGGAAUGAAUCCUACUUUCCGCAACCUGCCAAAUUUUGGGCAAAACAUUGGUACUGGAUUCUGAUAAUUCUGUUGCUGAUCAUAUUCCUCUUCAUUAUACCGGGAUUCUUCUGUCAGAUUUACUUGUCAAAAUGGUGUAAAAAGAGAAAAUUACAAGAAUUCUUUAGGAAAAGAUCUCCGACAUUUACUUUCGAUAGAAUUGGACGUGGAAUUGGAAUUGGAAGAAAGAAAACGGUCUCCGAAAAAGAAGACAAUUACAUUGAUGUAGAGAAAGGACACGAGUCAUCAUCGUUUUCCUCGUCAGGCGUCAGUUCGCAAAGUGCACGUAAGUCCUCCGUGUCUUCAAUUCACACCCCUCCUGCGGCCAGCGUUCAUGCAGCUGAUAUUGAUCAUCAUCGAAGCCACGAAAGUAAAACAACCGAACAGAUAGUUUCCACUUCUGAAAAUGCUACUGUUAUUUUCAUUCCUGAUCCGAUGAGCAAUGUUCGAAUCACUGCGUUAUCUGGGUCACAUAUGGAGUCAGUGUCACAACCUAACCAGUCACCGUCAUUUGAUUUUCCUGAACCUGUGAUGGACGACUCAAACCAUCCUCCACCCAUGUCGGACGUACCAGCCUCUAUUCGUUCACAAUCUGAUAUUGGUCUUGACAUUGGUAACGAGGCUAUCAUAAAAUCUAACAAUAUGACAAAUUUACCAACAGCUGUACCGUUACAGCCCCCUCAUAGACCACCUAAGCCAGAACACAUGGCUCCUAAACCAGCCCCCGGUAUCAUUGCCCCUGAAAAUAGACCUAAAAGGCGCUCGAAAAAAAAGAAGCCAACGAAGAAGAAUUCUGAUAAAUUACGAAACGAAGGUCCACCAUCAAGACGACAUCGUGACAAAAAAGACGAUUCGGAAGCGCCACAGCAGCGUAAACGACGUACGCGAGAGAGGACUGAAGACCGUUCCACUAAAAAGUCUAAAAAUAGCACCAAGAAACGGCCUACAAGAUCAACGGAAAAACAUGUUUCAAGCACACAGUCAUUAAUGCAUGCUGCAAAGAGUUUGGAAGAUAUAUUAGACUCGAUAACGAAAUUAACUCGUGAAUAUCCAGUGCCAGAUUUACCAGAAUUAAGUCGGCCCGUAAAAGAGAGAAAAUCACCACAGGAAAAGACACAUCGGCCGCAAAAUACUGAUCGCGUACAUAAAAAUAUUGAUGAUGGUGGAAAAGACCCUGAACAAAAUGAGAGGCAGAUACCUGAUAAAGAUAUGAUGCGUAGAAAACAGAAAAGAACAAAACAUUGGGCCACUGAGCAACAGAAAAUUGAUCGAAGUCGAGACAAAAAGCACAGAAAAGAGGAAAAACAACAAAAGAGAUCACCUAGUUCAAGACGACGAAAGAAAAAAGAGGGGCGACAGAAAACGAAGAAAGAGAAAACGAGAACGCCACGCGGUGAAAUAGAGGAAAAGAAAGAGCCUAAGAAAAAGGUUCCCACUCUCAAGAAGGAAGAUGUUACACCACAAGAUAGAACAAAGCAAGAGCGAAGGAGAUUGAGACUCGAAAGAGAUUUGAAAAAAUUACAGAAGUAUCACAAUACUGUUGCAAAGAAAGAGGAAGAAAGUGCAGAAUCUGUUGCGGACUAGUGAUGUGUAUAUACUUAAACAAAAAAUUAUUUCCAAAAGAAUUUGGAAAUAAAGUCGUCAUUUUAUGGCAAGAAAAUAGCCAGCUCACUGUGUGUUGAAACAGUUAAUCUAAUUGGCUUAAAUGCCAUGUCGUCUGGUUACUUAGUUUAUUUUUGUCUGAAAUUUUAAUAGCCUCGUUGGUAUGCCAAAACAAAUGGACGUUUCCCCGACCCUUGACCCCCGGAAUUCUCUCUAUACUUUACCAUUGAAACAUUUUCAACGCUUAGUUUGAGUGUUUUGGAGAGUUGGCUCUUACAAAUCGGCUCACAUGUUCAAAACUAUCCUUUCCAUUCAAAACAUUAAACCAAGUGCCGCUUGAAGAUAAUUUUAUCGCAGCCCUUGCAGUAUCAAUUUUUGAAUAUUGCAACUAAACUAAAGCUCUUCAGAAGACACAAUCACUAUUAUUGUAAUUGAUUUACAACUAUUUUUGGAAACACAACUGAAAACUAUCAAACGA